AACAGAACAAGACCUCCUUACUGCAUUGUCCUCUGCAGCACCAAGAGAUAGGAAGCUAUGGAUUUUAAGAACUUUCAGGAGGAGUAUCUGGAUAUGGUGUUGGUGCCAAGUGGGCUAUUGAUCAUGCUAAUUUACCACCUCUUCCUCCUCUAUAAGUACCUCAAACAUCCUCUCUCCACAGCCAUGGGCUAUGAAAACAAGGACAAAAAAACUUGGGUUGGAAAAAUUCUUCAGGGCCAAGAUAGUGCUACAGCUGUCACUGUGAUUUCCACCAAUACAACUGCAACUAUUUACUUGGCAACAAUCUCUUUAACUCUUUGUUCUCUCAUUGGAGCUUGGAUGGCAAAAUCCACCAACAAUUUCUUCCCAAGAGAAAUAAUAUAUGGCAACACAAGCCCAUCCAUUAUUUCUAUCAAGUACAUUUGCCUCUUGACCUGUUUUCUCCUGGCUUUUUCAUGCUUUGUUCAAUCAGCCAGGCACCUUGUCCAUUCAAAUUACCUGCUAAGCACUCCAGGAGCUACUUCUAAAGCUGAUGUGAGAAAAGCUAAGAGAGCGGUUGAAAAGGGAAGUGAAUUUUGGUCACUGGGGCUUAGAGCACUAUACUUUGCUCUUAAUUUUCUGCUAUGGUUUUUUGGACCUGUGCCCAUGUUCGUUUCGUCUGUCACAACCGUUGUGAUCUUAUCUUGCCAAGACUUCAAAAGGUCAGAUAAUAAUCAAAAAUGGCCUGCCUCAGCUGUGGCUGUAAAUGAAAGUGCAUUAUUAAUUUCUUGAGCUUCAAGUUUGUAGAAUUGGAUCAAAUUUCAUUGAUCAUAAAUGCAUUAACUUCCAGUUUUUUUAUGUC